AUGGCACUGAAGAAUACAACACAUUUCUCACUGUUCACUCUUUCUGGAUUACAGGAAGAAACAAAGGAAAGUAGAUAUGUUCUUUUCUCUGUGACUUUGAUUUGUUAUUUUCUUAUUGUGCUCAUCAAUGUGACACUAAUUUUCACCAUCCUUCAAGAGAAAUCCUUACACGAGCCCAUGUAUAUUUUCCUGUGCAAUCUGUGUAUUAAUGGACUGUAUGGAACAAUAGGGUUCUACCCUAAAUUCUUGUAUGACCUACUAGCUGAAGACCAUGUGAUCUCAUACAAUGGAUGCUAUCUACAAGCAUUUGUCAUUUACUCCAAUGUCCUGUGUGAUUAUUCGAUUUUGACAGUUAUGGCCUAUGACAGAUAUGUUGCAAUAUGCAGACCACUGGAGUAUCAUUCUGUUAUGACAAAUCAAGCUGUUGUUAAAUUCAUUGUGUUUCCCUGGGUUCCUCCUCUGCUCUGUGAGAGUGUUUCAAUUUUCUUGAAUCACAGACUAACAUUAUGUGGAGCAAGCAUAGAAAAAGUCUAUUGUGCAAACUGGUCAAUUGCUAAGCUUUCCUGUUCAUCAAAUGUAGCAAAUAAUGUAGUUGGUUACACUGUACUGCUUGUGUACUUUGUUCAUGUGGUUUUCAUUCUCUACUCUUAUGUUAACCUUAUCAAAACAUGUCUAAAGUCCAGAGAAGACAGGCACAAAUUCCUGCAGACGUGUUUGCCACAUUUCUUUGCAUUGACUAACAUGUCAAUUGCUUUACUCUUUGACUUACUGUACAGUCGUUAUGGAUCAAGCAGCAUUCCACAAGGUCUACAGAAUUUCCUUGCAGUGGAAUUUCUGGUAAUCCCCCCACUUCUCAAUCCGGUAAUUUAUGGAAUACAACUGACUAAACUUCGGUAUUCACUGUUGAGAAUGCAUAGAAAAGUGAAAGAGCAGAGCCCGCUGGCUUCGCUCCGCUGUUCCCGAGCCACUGCCGCCUGUCGCCACCUCCUCGCCCGACUCGAUGCUAUCACCUGGCCGGCCCACUACUGCCUCUUCACCGGAUCCUCUGCCGCCUGUCGCCACCUCCUCGCCCGGCCCGAUGCUAUCACCUGGCCGGCCCACUACUGCCUCUUCACCGGAUCCUCUGCCGCCUGUCGCCACCUCCUCGCCCGGCCCGAUGCUAUCACCUGGCCGGCCCACUACUGCCUCUUCACCGGAUCCACUGUGCCACCACUGUAG